GGAGCGUGUGAGUAUUUGUCAUGUUUCCAUUGCUGCAGUUGGAGACGCUACAUUCGGUUCACUGAUUGUGCACGUUUUGCUUCUCUUUCGAAUGCAUCAGUGAAUAUAAUCACCCGGACUCCGUUUCCCAUCUGCCCUCAUCACACCCCGUUUGUUUUCAGCUGUUGCUCACCCGCCUGACCCCCCCCGAAUCUGGUUCCGGUCACGCAGAACGUCACUUCCGCUGUGACGUGGCCAGCUGCUGAAGAUUCGAAGAAACUUGCUGCUUGGACCAAAAUGCUGACCAAGUUUGAGACCAAAUCUGCCCGGGUUAAAGGGCUGAGUUUCCAUGCCAAGCGGCCCUGGAUCCUUGCCAGCUUGCACAACGGUGUGAUCCAGCUCUGGGAUUACCGCAUGUGUACCCUGAUAGACAAGUUUGAUGAGCACGAUGGCCCUGUACGAGGCAUCGACUUUCACAAACAGCAGCCCCUCUUUGUUUCCGGCGGUGAUGACUAUAAGAUCAAGGUCUGGAACUACAAGCUGAGACGCUGCCUCUUCACGUUGCUGGGUCACCUGGAUUACAUCCGCACAACGUUUUUCCACCACGAAUACCCCUGGAUCCUGAGCGCCUCUGAUGACCAGACCAUCCGCAUCUGGAACUGGCAGUCUCGGACCUGUGUGUGUGUGCUUACUGGACAUAACCACUAUGUGAUGUGCGCUCAGUUCCACCCGUCUGAGGACCUGGUCGUCUCGGCAAGCCUGGAUCAGACAGUCCGCGUCUGGGACAUUUCUGGUCUGAGGAAGAAGAACCUCUCCCCAGGGGCAGUGGAGAGUGACGUGCGUGGGAUCUCGGGGGUCGACUUGUUUGGGACCACUGAUGCUGUGGUCAAGCACGUCCUGGAGGGUCAUGACCGAGGGGUGAACUGGGCCACCUUUCACCCCACCAUGCCGCUGAUUGUCUCAGGUGCAGAUGACCGGCAGGUGAAGAUUUGGCGAAUGAAUGAUUCCAAGGCAUGGGAGGUGGACACGUGUCGUGGUCACUACAACAAUGUUUCCUGUGCUGCCUUCCAUCCCCGCCAAGAACUGAUCUUGAGCAACUCCGAGGACAAGAGUAUCCGUGUCUGGGACAUGUCCAAGCGAACUGGAGUGCAGACUUUCCGCCGAGACCACGAUCGUUUCUGGGUGUUGGGCGCUCACCCAAACCUCAACUUGUUUGCUGCGGGCCAUGACAGUGGCAUGAUCGUGUUCAAACUGGAGAGAGAGAGGCCAGCUUACGCCGUGCAUGGCAACGCCCUCUUUUAUGUCAAGGAUCGCUUUCUGCGGCAGCUUGAUUUCCACAGCUCCAAGGACGUGGCAGUAAUGCAGCUACGCAGUGGCUCCAAAUUCCCAGUCUUCAGUAUGUCCUACAAUCCAGCCGAGAAUGCAGUCCUGUUGUGCACGCGAGCCAGCAACUUGGAGAACAGUACAUACGAUCUCUACAGCAUUCCCAAGGACUCCGAUUCCCAGAAUCCUGAUGCUCCUGAAGGGAAACGCUCCUCUGGUCUCACUGCUGUCUGGGUGGCUCGGAAUCGCUUUGCCGUCUUGGACCGCAUGCACUCGAUUCUGAUUAAAAAUCUGAAGAAUGAGAUCACCAAGAAGGUGCAAGUGCCGAACUGUGAUGAGAUCUUCUAUGCUGGCACUGGGAACCUGCUGCUGAGAGACACCGACUCCAUCACUCUGUUCGACGUCCAGCAGAAGAGGUCCCUCAGCUCAGUCAAGAUCUGCAAAGUGAAGUACGUGGUGUGGUCUGGGGAUAUGACCCACGUGGCCCUGCUCUCCAAGCACGCCAUCAUGAUUUGCAACCGUAAGCUGGAGUCACUCUGCAGCAUCCAUGAGAAUAUCAGAGUGAAGAGCGGUGCCUGGGAUGAGAGUGGAGUAUUUAUCUACACCACAAGCAACCACAUCAAAUACGCACUUAUCUCUGGGGACCACGGGAUCAUCCGGACUCUGGACCUCCCGAUCUACGUCACCAGGGUGAAGGGCAACAGCGUGUACUGCCUGGACAGGGACUGCCGUCCCCGGGUCCUCACGAUCGACCCCACCGAGUUCAAGUUCAAGCUGGCCCUAGUCAACCGCAAGUACGACGAGGUGCUGCACAUGGUUCGCAACGCCAAGCUAGUGGGCCAGUCCAUCAUUGCUUACCUGCAGAAGAAGGGCUACCCGGAGGUGGCACUGCAUUUCGUCAAGGAUGAGAAGACCAGAUUCAGCUUGGCACUGGAGUGCGGCAAUAUUGAGAUUGCCCUGGAUGCGGCAAAGGCACUGGAUGAGAAGGGGUGCUGGGAAAAGCUGGGUGAGCUGGCACUGCUGCAGGGUAACCACCAGAUUGUGGAGAUGUGCUACCAACGCACCAAGAACUUCGAUAAGCUCUCCUUCCUCUACCUCAUCACUGGCAACCUGGAGAAGCUACGCAAGAUGAUGAAGAUCGCUGAGAUCCGGAAGGACAUGAGCGGCCAUUACCAGAACGCGUUGUAUUUAGGCGACGUGGGAGAGCGCGUUCGCAUCCUCAAGAACUGCGGGCAGAAGUCGCUGGCCUACCUGACUGCGGCCACGCAUGGACUGGAUGAAGAGGCGGAGGCCCUGCGAGUGACCUUUGACCUGGAGAAAGAAAUAGUGCCAGAGAUCGACUCCCAGGCCCAGCUCCUUCAGCCACCGCCGCCUGUCAUGCCUCUGGACACCAACUGGCCGCUGCUCACUGUCUCCAAAGGCUACUUUGAGGGGAGUAUGGCUGGACGAGGCAAGGGAGGCCAGCUUGCCAUGGACCAGCUGGCCAUGGAGAAUUGUGCAACAGGCGGAUGGGAAGAGGACACUGAGCUGCUACUGGAUGAGGAUGGCUUUGUGGAUGCUGCUGAUGCAUUUGGAGAGGAUGCUGCCAGGGCUACGGAAGAAGGAGGUGGUUGGGAUGUGGAGGAGGAUCUCGACUUGCCUCCUGAACUGGAACUCGGUGGGAAUGCAGGAGGAGGACCCACUGAUGGAUUCUUUGUCUCGCCCUCUCGAGGGAGCAGCCCUGCGCAGGUUUGGUGUAAUAACUCCCAACUGGCUGCUGAUCACCUUGUUGCGGGAUCCUUCGAGACUGCGGCUCGGUUGCUUCAUGACCAGGUUGGUGUCACAAACUUCGGCCCUCUCAAAAACCUCUUUCUGCAGUCAUUUGCCCGUGGCCGCUCUGUAUUCCUGGCUCUGCCGUGCCUGCCUGCCAUGUAUGGAUACCCCCAGCGUAACUGGAAGGAUGCUGGCCUGAAGGGCGGGUUGCCAGCCGUGGGGCUUAAGCUAGCCGACCUAAUUCAGCGCCUGCAGCUGUGUUACCAGCUGACUACUGCUGGCAAGUUCGAGGAGGCUGUCGACCGCUUCCGGGCCAUCCUGCUCAGUGUGCCCCUGCUAGUGGUGGAGAGCAAGCAGGAGAUUGCUGAGGCACAGCAGCUGAUCACCAUUUGCCGGGAGUACAUUGUGGGGCUCAGCAUGGAGACCGAGCGCAAGCGAUUGUCCAAGGACACGCUGGAGCAGCAGAAACGGAUAUGUGAGAUGGCUGCCUACUUCACACAUUGCAACCUGCAGCCUGUGCACAUGAUCCUGGUGCUUCGCACUGCCGUCAACCUCUUCUUCAAGCUGAAGAACUUCAAGACUGCAGCAGCGUUUGCCGGUAGGCUCCUGGAGCUCGGACCCAAACCUGAAGUGGGCCAACAGACACGCAAGAUCCUGGCUGCUUGUGAGAAGACACCAACCGAUGCUCAUCAGCUCAACUAUGACAUGCACAAUCCCUUUGACAUUUGUGCUGCAACAUACAAGCCCAUCUACAGGGGGAAGCCCGUGGAAAAGUGCCCGCUGAGUGGAGCCUGCUACAGUCCAGAGUUCAAGGGUCAGAUCUGCAGAGUGACCACGGUGACUGAGAUUGGCAAGGAUGUGAUUGGUCUGCGUAUCAGCUCACUGCAGUUCCGCUGAGCUCCCCAAAUUUGGAUGGUUGCUCCAGCAUGCUGGUGCGUGCAGUGAGUGUCUGCCCAUGACAUGUUGGGAAUUCUCAUGUCGCUCUCUGCCUCUGUAAAAUUAGUGUUUUAGAAAUUGAUGUUUGCAUCCCCUGUGGACUCUGAUCCAGCUCGGGCUUUUCUUGUAUCCCUUUGCAGUGUACUGGCUGGAUCCUGCUUUUAUUUCCUGGCAACCCAAUUUCCAAUCGCUCCCUUGAAAUACUGCUCCUAGAUUUCCAAUCUCCCACCCCCAUCCAGUUACUACUUUUCCAGGUAUCUAUAUACAAGUCUUGGAUUCGAUAUUUAGCCCAUUAUGCUGGUUCCAGGUUUUCUGAAUUGCAAGCUGCACAUUCUCUGAACGCCACUCCCUUUCACAUUGUCACCCUGUUCCAAGUUUUCUUACCCCCCGACUACCUUCUUGUUCUGGUUUCUGGCUUUCCAGUUAACUUGCUCUCUUGCUGGCUGAGCUCCAACUGCAUGUUCGAUCAUCUGGACCCUCGCUCAGUAAUUCUCCAAGGUUUACUGUCUGUUCCAUGAUUUUUUUUUCAGGCGGAAUCCAGAUCCCAGUGCCUGAUGACUCUUCUGCCCCACCUGCAAUCUGGGUCAUUGGGUUCUGAGAUAUAGGCCAGAUUUUCCAGUGGAUCCUCCCAUCUCCUCCACUCCACUUACAGGGCUUAUUUUCCCAGCUUUUUAAUCCAUUUUUUAGCCCCUCUUCCAGCUUGUAAAGUACCACAUACCCGCUUUCUCCCAACCCCCAUGCCACGGGCUUCUCCUUCAAUGUCGAUAUAAAAUAAAGUGUUAUUGCUGCU